AUGACAAGCCGCUUGCUUCCUCGCUUAGUCUCCCUUCUCUCUGCCUUGACCUUGCUGUGUCUCUGUGGAGAAGCGGUGGCGCCGGGCUCGGAAGGGGCUGUCCCGAGGCGACAGUUGAGGGCUCCUGCAGAUCUAGCUGGCCGCCGGGCCCUACGCCGCUACUUGGAGAUCACCGAUGAUGCCAGCAGCGCUCCUAACCUUGCCCUCUAUCCCGGUACUCACGUUCCGAUGGACGUAAUGACGCACCUGUUGGGAGAGCAGUACAGCGUGGACCAUCACGUGCCGAUCAACAUCAUCGGCGGCCAGGAGAGGACCUUCUACGGUAAGGUCCGGGAACUCCUGCUCCAUCCCAGAACACCCGUCACUAGCAUGGGCUAUGAAGGCAAUACGUUCUUUAUCACGCAAGCUCGCCGCCUGGACGAGAGCAACUAUCCGGCAUGGGGCACCAUGAUUAGACCUGCCUUUCAGUUGCACGAUGACGCCUUACAUCCGAUCCUCAUCGGAAAGGUGCUGCAGAACAAUCCGCAGGGAUACGAGUUCGACCUCCUUGCCGUUCGAUCGCCUGCAACGGUGACGGAGAGAGAAAAGUUCCUGGCAAGGCUGGAAUCGUCUCGACGCCUCGUCCACUUUACUGACCUCCUCUAA